GAAAAAAUUCUGUUACUUAAAGAUAAAACAAUGAAUCCUUGUAUUAUACCGACCCCUGUAGAAGAUGUUGAUGGUGAUCAAAGGUGGAUGAGUAUUCACAAUCGGUUUCUUUCUGAAACUCGUGAAAAAGAUCCUGAUGUAAUAUUUAUCGGAGACUCCAUUCUUCAAGCUCUUCAACAUACAGAUUUAUGGAAUGAAUUGUUUGCACCUUUGCACUGUUUAAAUUUUGGAAUUCACCGAGACAAAAUACAAAAUGUACUUUGGAGAAUAAAAAAUGGAGAAUUAGAUAAUGUUAAACCUAAGGUCAUUGUGCUACAUGUAGGAACAAAUAAUCAUAUUAAUACCCCCGAGCAAAUAGUUGAGGGCAUAAUUGAAACAAUUCAUGUUAUUCAAGAAAAGCAACCAGGAAUUUAUAUUGUAGUACCGGUAAGUAAACAGUUUGAAAUGUUGCAAUGGUUAUUUUUGUUCUCAGUUAUAUAAGUUGAAUACAUAUUUUAGUAUUAGAUUUUGCAUUACAAUUGUUCGUUUGGAAGUUAUAACAUUGCUCUCAUGAUUUAGAUAUAUAUAGGGAAUGUUUUAUAUGCAUUUACUAGUAAAAUCUAGCAACAAACUUAAUACAAAAUGAAAUUGUUUUUAAA